CUAUCUAACACCACAGACAAUUAAAUUGUGAAUAUAAUGGUAAAGGGCAAGGUGUGUAUUUUUUUUUCUUCCUUCCUUCCUUCCUUCCUUCCUUCCUUCCUUCUUUCCUUCCUUCCAUCCAUCCAUCCAUCCAUCCAAAUCAUAAAAGGUGUAAUUUCUUCUGCAGAGCUCUGGUUUUCUUCUGCAUCCCUAUAGUUACCCGGUUGAAGUGUCUUCCUUUAAUGUGUCAUUUUUAAAUAUUGCAGUUUAUGGUCCCCUGGUGGAGUUUACUGCAGUACAGUGGGCUGGUUUGGCAGGCCAAUAUGAGCUUGCACUUUCCAUCUUUCUCCAUCUUUCUCAGCAAAUCCCAUCGGACCUUUCCAUCUUUCUCAUUGCCAUGGCCUGGGUUCAAUUUCUUCACAGGGAACAAACCCAACCACUGAGGGAUUAAAGCCUGUCGAAAUAAAUUAUUCAGCACUAUAAUGUAAAGACAAAGAUAAAUACAUUUCAUAAUUCGGUAAUGUGCUAAUCAUACACUGAGCUAUGCUGGAAAAAAGUGAAUGUUGGGUAACAGGACACUACAGCUGGUAUAUAUAUGUUAAGUAUUUCUGUACUAGUUGUGAAUAACUAUACUCUGUGCGGAAGUGUGGAAGGAUGCGUCCUGACAGACAGCUAUAUUAGAAAGGAGUUAAUCCUUUAAUUGGCCUACUGUAGUGCACCUGGCCAACAGAGUUAACUCCUGGUGACAUUUCUUUCACAUUCGCCUUCUGAGUUUUAUAAAAUGCCACAUUUUCUUAAGAGAGACCAAAUUUUUGCUCAUCAGGUGCACCUUCUGGAGCACAAACUCCGAAGUAAAGAAGAACGGAUUUUAGAGCUGGAGACGGAGACUGCGCUUCUUCACCUGAGACUUGCUGAGUGUAUGGGAAAACUUCGAAGGGAUCAAGAGGAGGAUGUGAUUCUGGCAAAGAGGCACUGUCAACACCAGGGAAAUGUGCAAAAGAGCACUCUUGUUCCCCUGGCCAAACUUCUCUCACACGUCCAGGCUCUGAAGAAAGAUUUGAGGAAUGUUUUUGCUGCAUACGUGGGCCUGGCUACAGAGCUGGAGAACCAGAGCAAACAGCUGUCGGAGUGGAUGGGCAUCAUUAGCAGAGCUGUCCAGAGUGACCAGGCUGGUGACACUCAGAGGCUACAGGCACAGGUGGCUUCUCUGGAGCACUCCUUACAAGAGGAAAAGGAGAGGCACAGAGUAGAGCGGAUGAGGAGGAGGGAGAUACACAACACACUAAUCGAGUUGAGGGGUAAUAUUAGAGUGCACUGCAGGGUGCGCCCUCUCCUGCCUUUUGACCACAUCCAAAGUUCUUUAUCCACUAAUGGGCCUUCAUCCUCAGAGGUGGUGGUGCAGGCUGUUAGUGAUGACUCUGUUCUUGUGAAUUGUGCGAAGCCUGGGAGUCUACAAAUGAACAAAAUUUGAGAGUAUCUGAUUAACAGGGUACAUGGGCCAGAGGAUGCGCAGGAUGCUGUGUUUGAAGAAGUAAAGCCUCUGUUAACUUCAUUGUUGGAUGGAUAUAACGUGUGUAUCAUGGCUUAUGGGCAGACAGGCAGCGGAAAGACAUAUUCUAUGAUUGGAUCUCAAGAUGAGGAUUGCACACAUCCUGAACAGGAAGGAAUUAUCCCCAAAGCAGCUAAAGAGUUAUUCAAGUUGAUCUCAGGGAAGCCAGCAGAAAGACACACAGUGGAGGUUUCCAUGGUGGAGGUUUAUAAUAAUGAGCUAAUGGACCUUUUGGCCAAAGAUGAGGAUGGAGCAGCAGUGGGGGUUAAGAGAGAAGUCAUCACGACCAGCACAGGCAUUAGUGAAGUGCCCUGUCUUACAUAUGAGUUAGUUCAUAGCUCAGCAGAGGUGAUGCAGCUGCUCAGUGCAGUGUUGAGACUGAGGGCCCACAGUCCAACAUUAGUGCACAGAGACUCUUCCAGAUCCCACCUUGUUGUCACUCUCACUGUCACAUCCAGGAACCCUAACCCACAGGCACUGACUCACAGGUUGCAGAGUGUAAGACAGAAUGUUCAGCGUGGAUCCCAGAAGCAGUGGUGGAGCCCCCGCUGCCCCAUAGCUGCCUCCUCUCGCUCCUCCAGCUCUGCUUCUUCUCCACAGUCUUCCCCCUGCCAUUCACCCUGCCCUCCCUCUUGGCAGGAACCCCUCAGAACAAAGCUGCAGCUGGUUGAUCUGGCAGGCAGCGAGUGUGCAGGCACAUCAGGGGUCAGUGGAGCAGCUUUGUGGGAGAGCUCCUGUAUAAACCGUAGUCUCUCUGCUUUGUCUGUUCUGGGUGCUCUGGCAGAGCAACGUCCUCAUGUGCCAUACCGUAACAGCAAACUUACCCACCUUCUACAGGACUCCAUAGUAGGUGAUGCUAAGCUGCUGGUGAUGCUGUGUGUCUCUCCCACUCAACACUUUCUGUCAGAGACUCUGCAGUCUUUGGGCUUUGGCUACAGAACCAGACAGAUUCAGAGAGACACACCACACAGGAGGAAUGCUGGGCUGAAGAGGAAGUAAACCAACAGACUUGUAAAAUAGCACAGAGCAUAAAAUCUGUCAGUUUACAGCUUUUAAUGGAUCAACCUACGUGCGAGGCCAGGUCAUGGUCACUACACAGCACAGAGCUCACAUGGUGAAUAUGAACAUACACAUCUUUUUUAUGACUGGGAGGUAUAAAAAUACUAUUAUUGUAUGUAAUUACUGUACUGAAUAUUUUAAUUUGGUGUUUUAAUGUAAUUACUAUAUUGUUGAGACUGCUAUUGUUACUGGCUGAUAUAUAAAGCACAGAACAAGAUAUUCAAAUACAUAUUGUUGGAAUCAGUUUUGACUGGUUUUCUAUAAACCGAAUGCUAAAUGGUAAGAUUACACAAUUGGAGAAGAGUUAACAUUCUUAAUGAACAAUUAUCACUUUAAACCUAAGUUAUGCUUAUAUUUUCCUUGGUCUCAUAACAUUUACAUUUCUGGUACCCUUCUAUCCAGAACAGCUUCCAUAUAUGUCAUUUAUACAACUGAGCAAUCGAGAUUUGAACUGACAACCUUCCAAUCAGUAAUCCAUCAUCUUAACCAGCGAGCUACACUAUAUUGCCAAAAGUUAUAACACUAUAACAGCUUCAACUCUUCUGGGAAGGCUUUCCACAAGGUUUAGGAGUGUGUUUAUGGGACUUUUUGACUGAUCAUUCCUCUAGAAAUGCAUUUGUGAGGUCAGGAACUGAUGUUGGACGAGAAUGUCUGGUUCACAGUCUCCACUCUAAUUCAUGCCAAAGGUGUUCUAUCAGGUUGAGGUCAGGACUCUGAGUCAAGUUCCUCCACACCAAACUCACUCAUCCAUGUCUUUAUGGACCUUGCUUUUUGCACUGGUGUGCAGUCAUGUUGGAACAGGAAUGGGUCAUCCCCAAACUGUUCCCACAAUGUUGGGAGCAUGAAAUUGUCCAAAAUUUCUAUUUUGCUGAAGAGUUCCUUUCACUGGAACUAAGGGGCCGAGCCCAACCCCUGAAAAACAAGACCUGAACUGAAUGAUUUUGAGGGGUGUCCCAAAACUUUUGGCAAUGUAGUGUACCACUUCCCUAUCAUAAGAAUUUUCUCUUUAAAUGGGCACUAGGAACUUUGCCUCAUUCAACAGUGUAUGGUUUUAAAAUAUGCAAGAUGUUGUAUAAAGUGAAUCCAGUACAUGUCUUUUCUAAUGUACAUGGUCCCUACUCUUUCCUCAUGAUAUAAUUCCCAUCCAUUUCACGCCUUCAUUCUUUCAGCCAUCUUAUUUCCUAUUUUCUGUUUGUUAAGAAAUGUCUAGAAAUCCUUAUUUCAACACAUGCAUGUUUUACAUAUUUUAGUAAAAACCAGGGCUGUUUUUAACAUGUGCAACAGUGUCAUUUAAAUGAAAAUAAAAACGAGAGAUUAUUAUCUAGUGUAUAUGUACUUCCGGUUGUUUUGAAACACAGUAAACGUGCGCCGCUUUGCAGAGCCAAUGGCGACCCGAGAAAGCGUCACGUGCCCAGUGUCAUGGGUUGAUAAACAUUACACAAGACUGUCUCGCGCGCCUGACGUUAGAUAACCUCUGAUAUAACAACUGACUAAACCACUACUAACUAGUAGUCUAAUUUUUUAACGAGUUCAGCGGUUUUACUGUCACAAGAAACAGGUGAGAAGAUGCUGAGGGCUAUGGGGAAAAUGGUGUUUGGAGGUUUCGAGAAUCCAAAAUAUACUACUCAAAAAAGCAAGG